AUGGAACCUACUGAAGCACUGAUAUUGGGAGACAAACUCUUACUGAGAGGAUUGUCAUUUCAUGGUUUUCAUGGAGCAUUACCUGAAGAAAGGAAGCUUGGUCAGAAAUUCUUGGUAGAUGUUGAUGCAUGGAUGGAUCUCAAAGAAGCUGGCAAAUCUGAUAACUUAUCAGAUACAAUCAGUUACACUGAUAUAUAUGAUAUAGCUAAGGAAAUUGUUGAAGGGCCAGCUCAAAAUCUUCUGGAAUCAGUGGCUGAAAAAAUUGCAGUGACCACUCUGAGAAACCAUGAACAAGUAUCUGCUGUUAGAGUGAAGAUUGGAAAGCCUCAUGUGGCAGUUCAGGGUCCACUGGAUUACUUAGGCGUUGAGAUUCUUAGACGCAGAAGUGAUUCCUCAAAUUAG